CCUAUAUGUUAGAUCCACAAUUUUUAGAAGUAAAUAAUGAUCCAUCAGAAGAAGCUAUAAGAUAUUCAGAAUUUACAAAAUUCACUAAAGAAAAAUUUGACCAUGAUGAAUCUGUAAAGUUGUUUGUUGAAUUGGUUAAAUUUCGCAAAAAAAAUCUGCCUUAUAAUAAUGAAAUUAUUUGGAAUUUUGUAUCUUCAUUUACUUCAUCAUUAUGGUAG